GACCUCUCACGCAAAUCCCCCUCUCACCCGUCUCCUCCUCCCUCCGCAGACGACCCCCACAUUUGAGACUGUCGCCGCUCUCACCGUCGCCGGUCCGCCGUCGCCGCUCUCACCAUCGUCGCUCCGCUCCUCCGCCGGUUCACCAACGCCACAGUCGCCGCUUAAGUUUUCUCUUGUUGUGUUCAAUAAGAUGCCUUGGGAGCAAGUAGCCUCUUCCAACGCACGACCUGCUCGUUCUGCUUGCAACAGUUCGAUUAGUUCCUCAGGUUCAACACCUCUGCCUCGCCUCAUCGAUUUUAGCAAGAUUUUGGGUCGAGUUGCACAACAUUGGAAGGCAACGUGUUCUAGUUGGCGCUUUGAGCUCUCUAGGCAUCUCUACCUGAUUCACUUCUCUUCACGCAGCAAAGGCCCGGGACAAAUCCAGGAAGUUGGGAUGAAGUGUAGAAGGAAGAAUUCUCUUUAAGUCUCUACCUGAUUCGCUUCUCUCCACCCAGCAAAGGCGUGUGAAAACCCAGAAAGUGGGGAUGAAGGGUGGAAGGAAGAAUUUGAAAAGGGCCAUGGGGGAUGACCUCCCAUCCCUUCAAGAGGGGCAGUCCAUAAUGAAAGUGGCCUCUCUCCGAGGCUCCAAUAUCAUCGAGGUGAUGGAUGCCAGAGGAGAUAAAUCACUGGCAUUGUUUCCUGCAAAGUUCCAGAAAAGCAUUUGGAUUAAACAAGGUAGCUUUGUAAUUGUUGAUGGAAGUGGGAUGGACAAGGCACUCGAAUUAGGACAUAAGGUCACGUGUAUUGUCUCACAAGUCCUGUUCUAUGAGCAAGUUCGAGCACUUCAAAGAUCACAGGAAUGGCCAGAAGUAUUUCGCACUGAGAGGAGUGAACAUGGACCAACAGAGGAUGCUCAUCCCACAGAAAGACAAUGUUCAAGUGAUGAGGAUGAUGACCUUCCUCCACUUGAAGCCAACUUAAACAGAGUCCGGCCAUCACAUUUUUAUGUGGAGUCUGAUGCUGAUUCUGACGCAUCUUCAGAUUAAUUGAACAAAGUGACCAUCUUAAGCUUUAUCAAGUUGGCUGCUCUUGAAGCUAUACUAGAGCAGCUUUCGGGAGUUCAGUCCUGAUUUUAACUUGAGAUUCGGAGCUUCUCAAGUCUACUGAUUCUCAAGUCUACUGAUCUGCUUCAUGUUGUUGGUUUUGAACGUGGUUGAUUAAUGCUUAACAUGUCAACGCUUGAUUGAGCCCUAAAGAGGGGUAAUUUUCGGUUAGAAGAAGGUGUACAACGUCUGACAUUUUGAGCAUUCUCGACUGGCUUUUUCACCUCUUUCGAGGGUCAAUAGGUAUUCCUUGUCACUGCUUUUCGAGCUAAAAGACCAGCCCUAGGUUUCUUGACGCAGGGGUAAUGUUGGACUGUUGCAGAGAGUUGUGUGAAGACAUUGAAAUGUUCAGCAAUCACUUGAAGGUUAGAUAAUCCGGUUGCUGCUUAGCCCAGUAUUUUGUGUAUUUAUAUGUAUAACUGUGUAUUUAUGCAAGUGCUUCACUAAAAAAAUGCGAGCUGUUCGAUGAGAUAAAAAAAAGUAUAAAGUGAAUUUAAGUGUAAUUUAUUUUUUUAAAUUUUUAGUACCAAA